AUGGUGUGUAUUCUCUUCAUCUUCACUCUCUUCAUCUUCACUCUCUUCAUCCUCGCUCUCUUCAUCCUCGCUCUCUUCAUCCUCGCUCUCUUCAUCCUCGCUCCCUCGAUGCUCAAUUUCUUCAUUCUCAAUCUCGUUAUGCUUGCUGUCUUCGUGGUCGCUAUCUUCAUGCCCGCCUUCUUCAUGCUCACUGCCUCCGCCAUCCUCACCUUUACUCACUUCAUCUCUUUUAUCUUCAUUCUCGUCGUCCUGACUGAGAUCAUCGUCUCCACCAUUACUGUUGUUAUCAUUGUUGUCAUCACCGUUGUCGCACUCGUUGUUGUCACCAUCAGUGCCCCCAUCCGAAGACCGCAAUAUUUGAUCCGUCUCCUGCUCUUGCUCUUCAUUGGUACCCGCACCUUGUGUGGGCUCACUGAUAUUAUUUGGCAAAAACUUCUUGUUCAGGUUAUCAACAGCGUCCUUGACUUCAGGAUCUUGCCCAAGCCAACCCUCAUACGACAUGGUCAGAAGCUGGGAUCGAUCCAGUUUUGCGUACUCGUCAAUCCAGGUGCGUGCCGCAAUCUCAGCAAAUGGAUCAUCAGCAAUGACAAUAUCAGAUGGCGGGUAUAA